AUGGCAGACACACAAGACCACUCGGCCAUGCCGUUGGACUCUCACUCACCGGAUAUUGAGGAGAAUAUGAGUAUCGGCCGCUACAUCGCGACGCGCAUUCCAUCUCUUAAACCCCCCAUGAGACCGGCCCCAAACCCAUUUAAGGCUUUGACUCUACUAAACCGCCAACAAUGGCUUUUCUUCGCAGUCGCUUUCGCUGGAUGGUCAUGGGAUGCCUUCGAUUUCUUCACCGUCUCUCUCACAACCUCCCAGCUAGCCAAAACCUUCGACAAAUCCGUCACAGAUAUCACCUGGGGAAUCACCCUAGUUCUAAUGCUCCGAUCCGUCGGCGCCAUCACAUUCGGAAUCGCCUCUGAUCGCUGGGGCCGUAAAUGGCCAUUCGUAGUCAAUCAGCUCCUCUUCAUCGUCCUCGAGCUCGGUGCUGGUUUCUGCCAGACAUAUAAGCAAUUCCUGGCCUGUCGAGCUCUGUUCGGAAUUGCCAUGGGUGGUCUAUACGGAAACGCGGCUGCUACGGCUCUCGAGGACUGUUAUGCUUUCGGAUACUUGCUCGCGACGGCCUUCGCUCGGGGUCUGGUUGAUACCACGCCUCACGGCUGGCGUCCGUUAUAUUGGUUUGCGGCCUGUCCGCCAGUGUUGAUUAUUGCUUUCCGUCUUUGCUUGCCUGAGACGGAGACUUUCCGGCGCAGACAGGCGACGAGAGAGGAGGUGCGUGGUGGUGUUGCGGCAUCGUUUAUGUCUGAAGGAAAGGUCGCUUUGAAGCGUCAUUGGCUUUUGCUGGUCUAUCUCGUCCUGUUGAUGGCUGGAUUCAAUUUCAUGUCUCACGGCUCCCAAGAUCUCUACCCCACCAUGUUGGAGAACCAGUUCCAAUUCUCCAAGAACGCCGUAACGGUCACACAAGUCGUUGCCAACCUAGGAGCCCUGACUGGUGGUACUCUCUGCGGCUGGGCUAGUCAGAUCUUCGGCCGUCGCUUCUCGAUCAUCGUCAUCUGCAUCGUUGGUGGCGCCCUGUUAUACCCAUACACAUUUGUCACAAGCCACAACGUCAUCGCAGCGGCGUUCUUCGAACAGUUUAUGGUCCAAGGUGCCUGGGGAGUGAUCCCCAUCCACCUCAUGGAGUUAUCCCCCGGUUCAAUCCGGACCUUCGCCGUCGGCACAGCCUACCAGCUCGGUAACCUCGUUUCGUCGGCCAGUUCGACGAUCGAGUCGACGAUCGGCGAGCGUUUCCCACUGCCGCCGACGAAGGAGGCUGCCAAGCGCUACGAGUACGGCAAGGUCAUUUGCAUCUUCAUGGGCUGUGUCUUUGCGUAUACUAUUCUGAUCACGCUGGCUGGGCCGGAGCGUCUGGGUCGGAACUUUGAUGCGGAGCACGAUGCUGAUUUGGCGGAGGUUGCUGCUACCCGUGGUAUGGAUCGCGAUGAGAGUGAUCCUGAGAAGGCGACUGCCAGACACGUUUAG